UUCCCGUAGUGGCGCUGCGUGUCGAUCGGGAGUAUGAAGGUGCAUGUACCUCAAUAGAGUCUUGUUAAAACGUAAUUUUAGUUGAUGAAAUUGAAAAAUUGCGGAUGUAUCGUUAUAAGUGUAUUAUUGAGGACGUGUUUCAUGCGUUGCGAUGUAAAUACGUUUUCGAUCCGUGUUCGGUUGUGCUAAAUCAUUCUAACACGUACCCCGUCGUCCAUUAUACCGAGUGAUUUAACACGGUUAUGGAGGGCAGGAUUGACUCGAUAAAUUAGUGUUAUGUGGUGAUUUAAUAAAAUGUGCAAGUUAUUAUUGAAUGUGUAUCGACCUUGUACUCACUGGUGGUAUGCCGAUCGUGUGUUACGACGCACGAGAGAUCGCGACACUCCUUAGGAUAGAGAUCGUAUUGACUCACGAUACUGGGAUAUAAGGGACAUGUUUACUUAUGAAUCAAUUACUUAUUGACAAUAAACUAUUGCAGCACAAGAUGCUAAUAAACCCAACGGGGCGGACCAAAUCGACCGCACCGUGCGGCCCACACGCGGAAAACGUCUGAAAAUAUAUAUUCACUCCCUAAUGGCGCUGGAUAAAAUUCUUCUCUUCAUUGCCUUUUUCGCGGUCGUCAGCGCGGAGUACAAUGAGGUGGAAGCAAAAAAUAAAACGCAAGAAACCAUGGCGGCGAAAAGGGAGCAAAGAGCCAGGUUCGCUGCACCGGAGCCGGUGCGCGGGUCGUUCCAGAAGCUUAACCACCUCAUGAACAGGACCGAAGACAGGAACAGCAGGCGUAGGAAGCAGAACAUCAAUAAAAUAUUACAGCUGAAUCGGAAACACAAAGCGCCAAAUGACGAUAUGAUGAACGACAACGAAGGCGCCAUCGCAAUCAACCAGAAGUCUCCAGCAGAUAACGACACGAAUACGCUGGCGGACAAGAUGAAGGCUCUCAGGCGAGAAGGUCCGACCUACGAAGCGAUUUAUAAGAACAAUUACGUGCCCCAAGUGACAGGAGUGUUCUGUGACUUCGAAAAACACAAUGGUUCCAUAGAUAUGUGUAAGUGGCAAUGGAACUCGACCGUUUCAAACCACGGCUUGGGAUUCCGGGUGGUGACUGCAGCUGAAAUCGUGGAAAUGAACGAGACAACGAGAGGUCUCAAGUUUUCUGGACCGCAGACUGAUGCUGAUGGAAAUAAGGAAGGUCAUUUCCUGUAUCUUCCGGUUGAUCCCACGAUGGAGAACAUGGUGAUUAAGUCACCACCUUUCCGUGGUCUAUGGGAAUUUUGUAAGUUCGAAGUACGUCUUCAUCAGAGUAAGAUGCAAAAUGCAAGUAUAAGGCUGGUCUCCGAGUCUACAAUGUCUGAAGUGCAAUGGAUUCUUCAAGAAAUUGCAGGAAACAAUUUCGAUAGUUGGCAGCCCUUGCGCUUCAUGAUUGGUAAAGUUCAGCAAGAAGUUCGUAUAAUAGUCGAGGUAACCAGACCAAGCUACGUGAGUCUCACGCAGACUCUACCACACAUAGCGCUGGACAACAUCCGCAUGGUGGAGUGCUUACCUGAACCGCCGGUGUUCAAUGGUGAAUGCCAGAAUGGACAGCUGAAGUGCAAAAUUAUGAAUAAGGAGUCUUGUAUCAAGCUUCAGCAAGUCUGUGAUCUUGUCAAAGACUGCGAUGAUGGUAGCGACGAAAAUCAGAAUUGCGAUAAAAUGCCGUACGGCUCAUAUUGUAAUUUCGAGCAAGAUUCAUGCGGCUUCGAAAAUGUUCCUCAGCCAAUCCUAAAAUGGUCGCGUCACAGCGGUCCCACGCCUACUGACAAGACAGGUCCGAACUACGAUCACACUUGCGGCCCAACGCUGGUGUACACCACGGCUAAUCCCAUGGUACCUCUCUCACCCGCCCACAUGAACUAUACCUUAACAACAUGCGUUGGUUACUAUUUCUUCGUGAACAUGAACGUAACCGGGCCGAACAAAGAGAGGGCUGACUUCGCCUCAACUGCAGUUAUGAAAACUGUCAUCUUCAAUCCGCCGCCUAAACUCCACGGAGAUAUUAAUUCUAGAUACUAUAAUUGCUGCAUGAUUCGAUUUUAUUAUCAACAAAAUGGCCGCAACUACGGCUCCUUAAGCGUUGACGUGGUCGAAUUGACUCCAAGAGGAAAUAUCACCACGUCCCUCUGGUUCUCUACUAAGGAUAAAGGGGAGAAUUGGUACAGAGCUGCAAUUUUCCUGCCAAAUAUCACUCGAAGAUACUAUUUCAUCUUUAAAACUCGCAUGGGCAUGCGAAUCUAUUCGGACUCCGCAAUAGAUGACUUCUCUAUGGCUCCCGAAUGUUUCGGCCUGAACAUAAACGCUACAGCGUUAGGGGAUUACAACUAUUACGAUCCUAUAUUUGAAGAGAAGACCACACCACAUCCAGAUUUCGUUGAUGCAACCUAUUAUCGUUUCUCCACCUGUGGUAACUUGGGUCGAUACGGUCCAAAUCAAACCAUGUGUGACAUCGCGUACAACAAUACCCCCGUAGCGGUGACAGUACUACAAGAAAAGCCCUACCAGGGGAUACAGGUGUGGGAGGUGCCUAACGAAGGGUUAUAUACUAUAAUGGCGACGGGAGCGUCGGGCGGGCUGGGCUCGAUGUGGGCGGGCGUGUCGCACGCGGCGCAGGCGCGCGGCCUGUUCGAGCUGCACCGCGGGGAGCGCCUCUACAUGCUGCUAGGGCAGCAGGGGGUGAACGCUUGCAAGAAGACUCUAUCUGCUCAAGAGAGUCAAGAAUGUUCUAGAAGAGAUUCAAACGAGACAGCUAUCGUGUUCACGAGUAAGACACACGAAGUUCGCAACACGCACGUGACUGACGGCGGGGGCGGGGGAGGGGGCGCUACUUUUGUCUUCCUGCUGGACAAAGAAGGUCAGCCAAUACCCUUGCUGGUGGGAGGCGGUGGUGGAGGUCUAUCAGUGGGCGUGUUCAGGGACGACGGUUCCCAGCACGCCAGGGGACGAACAAAUACCACGCCGGAAUCUGGCUACAUGUACGGCCAGCCUGGGAGGACUUCUGGUGCUGGAGGUGGAUGGAUAUCUCGGCCAGGUCCGAUAACGCCAGGCUUUGAACUGGUUCGUGGGACGUCCCUUAGGGAAGGAGGAUUCGGUGGUGCGGCGUGUUCUGGGGGAGCGCACGGGGGCUUCGGUGGUGGAGGUGGAGGAUGUCUUAGAGGAGGUGGCGGUGGUGGAUGGGUUGGUGGUAACACAAAUGAGGGUGAUGGGAAGCACGGUGGCGGGGGAUGGUCAUAUGUGGACAUCAGCCGAGGGAUAAAAGAGUAUGCGGAAGUCAAUAUGGCUUUAAGGACUGGGCCUGGUGAAGUUUUGGUGGUUCCGGCUAUACAUAAAUGCGGCUGUAACUACCGAUGUGUCGCGAUGAACGAAUACAGAAGUGAGGUGAAGUGUUAUUGUCCGUCUUCCUGGUCUACGGACGCCAAUGAUCCCACCAAGUGUAUAUUGGAAGAAGGCUGGCCCCAGAUGUGGUUGAUAAGCCUUAUAAUACUUUCUAUCAUCGUUGUGCUGUGUCUCGGAGUAAUAUUCGUGGUAUCUCUUCAUUUCUAUAAUAAAUAUCAACGUAAGAAAGAAGAGGAUUUAAUACAGAAACAGAUAAGACAGCAGGAGUUACAGCUACAUAGAUUACGAACAGCCCCUGGGGGUGAUAAUACCCUGAACAUGGCUUUCAACCCCCACUAUGGUAGCGAGAGCUUCCUCCCUCAGGGGGUUGAUGUUAGGGGACUGCCGAAAGUAGCGAGGGAGAGCUUGAAGCUUGUCAAGGCGCUCGGGCAGGGCGCGUUCGGCGAGGUGUACCAGGGCCUGUACCGCCACCGCGCGGGCGACUCGGUGGAGAUGCCGGUCGCCGUCAAGACGCUGCCCGAGCUGUCCACGGGGCAGGCCGAGUCCGACUUCCUCAUGGAGGCCGCCAUCAUGGCCAAGUUCAACCAUCCCAACAUCGUGCACCUCAUCGGCGUCUGCUUCGACAGGCAUCCAAGGUUUAUAGUCCUGGAGCUGCUAGCCGGUGGGGAUUUGAAGAAUUUCCUGCGAGAGAGUCGUCCACGGCCGGAGAGGGCCAGCGCUCUAACUAUGAAGGACCUCUUGCUUUGCGCGCUGGAUAUUUGUAAAGGAUGCAAAUAUUUGGAAGCAAAGAGAUUCGUUCACAGGGAUAUAGCUGCCCGCAAUUGUCUCCUGACUUCCCGCGGAUCGGGACGAGUUGUGAAGAUUGCCGACUUCGGCAUGGCCAGAGACAUCUAUCGAUCGGAUUAUUAUAAAAAAGGGGGUAAAGCCAUGCUGCCUAUUAAAUGGAUGCCCCCUGAAGCUUAUAUAGAUGGAAUAUUUACAGUCAAAACUGAUGUCUGGUCCUACGGUGUAUUACUGUGGGAGGUGUUCUCUUUAGGCAUCAUGCCGUACACCGGCUGUGCAAAUCGAGAGGUGAUGCAGAUGGUAUCUGGUGGCGGGAGACUGGAGAAACCACCUGGUUGUCCGCCUGACGUAUACAGGCUGAUGUGUGAGUGUUGGAACCCUGCGCCCACCGAACGACCUUCCUUCGCGCAGAUGUUCGACAGACUGCAGAGAUUAGUGCAGGAUCCAGAGAUAACAGACGCACCUCUCCCUCUUCUAUGCUCCUAUCUCGCACCCCCUGAAUUGCCUGAAGCCAAUGGACCACAGCGCUCGGCGGGCGACUACCUCGUGCCACUAUCGCCUCAGGACCAGCCGGGGGAUGCUAGCCCAAUGGAUCCGUUGGUACUUCAUAGCAAACCGCUAACGGCGACACAAGAGAAGCCAGAAAUAGAGGAUUCACAAUAUCAACAUCUUCUGAAAGCAUCACAAGAAUAUGGCAACAUUCCAAUGGCGUCGUUGGGCGCGAACGUGACCGUCAACGGAAAACGCGAGGUCUCCACUGCUGCCAGCGUGGAGAUAAGGACCAACACAAAAUUUCUGCCGUCUAACUCGACUGACAGGUUAUUAAGUUCAGUGGAAGGCACAUCGAUGGACGACGAUACGGCCUCAGAGACAGAUGACAAGCCCGUUAUCUGGGAGACAUCUUUCACCGAAAGCAGACCUAAGACUCCCUUAGUUGAACCCACACUGAACACCGACCCUGGACCCAUAGUCGACAAACUUAUAAGCAUAACCCCAACGUCACCGAAACCUCCAGAAAACGUCCUGUCCCAGGCGAUAGAGUCUACUGUCAUUGACAAAACAAACAUCAGCUCUCUCACAGUCGACAAGAAAGCCGCCCCCAUCGCUUCCCCUGACCCCCCUCGAAUAAACGCUUGGAACAAAGACCCUCCAAAACUGAUGCCCAAAGCGAAACCAUUGUGCUUAGACGCGGCUCAAUUGGAGCAAAACUUAAACGCUCUGAAGAAAAACAGCGGUUCAGUUAAUUUAACCACUAUGAACACGAUGAAAAUUCUUCCGCCGUAUAUAAAUGUGGUCACUCCGAAUAAAUUGUCAGAAUCGAAGACCAUUCAAAUUGACCCGAAGAAGGCAGUUAUACACGAUCUCCAAUCACCCCAGGAACCGGACGCGAAGGAUGACAAGGGAAAGUUGAAACAAUCAAGCUCCGCGGCGAGUCUGCUAAACGGACCCAUGACGGACGUACCUUACGCCGACAGUGACAAUGCGUCUUCGAGUUCUGGCAGUAACGCACAGAAUAUGAUUAAUAAUAAAAAAAAUAAAAAUUACCCUGAAAUAGUGAUUGGAAGUAAAAAAGUUAUUAAACAGGGUAGCAACGGGGAAUUCGGUGAUUCAGAAAUCAGUUGUUAAGAACAUUAAAAAAACAAAAUGGCCGUCUAUCGAACGUCUAAUAAAUUUGUGAUGAAGUGAAGUGUCGCCGUUCGGACGUUUUUUAAAUUAGAGAAAAACAUAUAUUGCCUCUGGUUUGUAAAUAUAAAGUAUGUUUUUAAUAAAUAAACAUUCAAUGUGAGAAUUGUUUUUAUCAAUUGUUGUUUUGAAUACUUUUCAAUCUAUGGAAAUCUGUUAUGUUUGAAUUGAGAUUUUAUUUAAAAUGCUUUCUAAGUGCUUAGUAUUAUAAAUAGUUUAUUAUGGUUGCUCAAUUUGCUCAAUUUGUUGCCAAAUUAGAACAAUAAAUUUAGAUGUUUCUAUGUAACCACAAAGUAUAGUCAUUUCUUAUUGAUAUUUUUGUAUAUUUGGAGUCGCGUGGGUAGAAAAAUUUUGAAAUAUUUUGAAUUUAAAUCAUACAAGACGACCACUACCGGACAUACGCACACAGUGGUUCUUUCUAUAACAUUUUAGUAAUAUCUUUCACUUUCAAUUUAGAAAAGAAACGUCUACCUUUAAGCGAAUCCUUUUAAUAAGUUAUAUACACAGAUAAUAUAUUAAAUAUAUUUUAAUUUUAUAUUCCAUAGCGAAUUAAGUUAUCAUCAAAUAUUUGUUUUAUUUAAUCUAUCAUAGCAAACUGUUUAUUAGAAAAAGUAGUAAAGCUUACAUAUUUGUAAAUAAUAUAUAAAGUAGUGAUUUGUGUAAUUCCGCCCCGGCUAAGAUAUAAAAUGAAAAUACACACACAUAUUAUGUUAAAUUUAGAUGUAGAGUAAAAAGCAUAAUUAUAAUUUUAUUUAUAUAUAUAAAUUAUAUGUCAUCUGUGGUGUCGAUGUUUUCGUUUGACGUAUAUUGAAAGAAAAUAUUAAGCCGUUAUAGGGUUAGAAUAAAAUUAUUGAAGAUAUG